CAGGCAUAACAGUUCAAGAUGCAUCCAGGUGUCCUGGCUGCACUGCUCUUCUUGAGCUGGUCCCAUUGUUGGUCCCUACCCCUUCCUGAUGAUGAUGAUGAUGGUGAUUUGUCUGAGGAAGACUUCCAGUUUGCAGAGCACUACCUAAAAUCAUACUACCAUCCUCUGAAUCUUGCUGGAAUUCUGAAGAAGACGGCAGCAACUUCUAUGGCUAACAGGCUCCGAGAAAUGCAGUCUUUUUUUGGCUUAGAAGUGACAGGCAAACUUGAUGAUAACACCUUAGAUAUCAUGAAAAAACCAAGAUGUGGAGUCCCGGAUGUGGGUGAAUACAAUGUUUUCCCUCGAACUCUCAAAUGGUCUAAAAUGAAUUUAACCUACAGGAUUGUGAAUUAUACUCCAGACCUGACUCAUUCUGAAGUUGACAAAGCUUUCCGAAAAGCCUUCAAAGUUUGGUCUGAUGUGACACCUCUGAAUUUUACUAGACUUCACAAUGGCACUGCUGACAUCAUGAUCUCUUUUGGAACUAAAGAACAUGGUGACUUUUACCCAUUUGAUGGACCCUCUGGUCUGCUGGCUCAUGCUUUUCCUCCUGGUCCAGAUUUUGGAGGAGAUGCUCAUUUUGAUGAUGAUGAAACCUGGACAAGUAGUUCUAAAGGCUACAACCUGUUCCUUGUUGCUGCCCAUGAGUUUGGUCACUCCUUAGGCCUUGACCACUCCAAGGACCCAGGAGCACUCAUGUUUCCCAUCUAUACCUACACUGGCAAAGGCCACUUUGUACUUCCUGAUGAUGAUGUUCAAGGGAUCCAGGCUCUCUAUGGUCCAGGAGAUGAAGAUCCUAACCCUAAACAUCCCAAAACUCCAGACAAAUGUGAUCCCUCCUUAUCCCUUGAUGCCAUUACUAGCCUCCGAGGAGAAACAAUGGUCUUUAAAGACAGAUUCUUCUGGCGCCUGCAUCCUCAGCAGGUUGAGGCGGAACUGUUUUUAACAAAAUCGUUUUGGCCUGAACUUCCCAACCGUAUUGAUGCUGCAUAUGAGCAUCCAUCACAUGAUCUUAUCUUCAUCUUUAGAGGUAAAAAAUUUUGGGCUCUUAAUGGUUAUGAUAUUCUGGAAGGUUAUCCCAAAAAAAUAUCUGAACUGGGAUUUCCAAAAGAGGUUAAAAAGAUAAGUGCAGCUGUUCACAUUGAAGCCACAGACAAGACUCUCUUGUUCUCAGGAAACCAAGUCUGGAGUUAUGAUGAUAAUAAUCAUAUUAUGGAUAAAGACUACCCCAGACUAAUAGAAGAGGACUUCCCAGGAAUUGGUGACAAAGUAGAUGCUGUUUACGAGAAAAAUGGUUAUAUCUAUUUUUUCAAUGGACACAUACAGUUUGAAUACAGCAUCUGGAGUAAACGCAUUGUUCGUGUCAUGCCAACAAAUUCUUUAUUGUGGUGUUAAAGAUCUUUUAAAAAUUGUCAUUUAAAGCCCGGAGAACAUUUGGAAAAUUACUUCAAGAGGUAUUGAGGAUGAUGGCUAUAGGCACAUAUCAGGGGAAAGCUUAGUUCUGUGAACAAGCUUCAGUAAAUUAUCUUUGAAUAUAUAGUAUCUGUAUUGUUAUGUGUGGCUGGUACCACACUGA